AUCAAAUAAAUGUCAGAUUUAAUUGUAUAAGCGUGUGUUUGUUGCGCAGCCAGCAGAUGUCACCCAAGCGCGCAGUAAACACUGAGCAUGUGACUCAGUGAGAGCCUGUAAGAUUCGCCGUGUGUUUCUGUUUUUUCUAAUAAUCCAUGACCAGCCUCUCCUGACCAAACCUCGUCAUCAACACACACAAACAACGCUGGACAAGUAAUGGCGAGCAGACGGGCCUCGGUGUCCUCGGCGGAUCUGGAGGCCUGGUUCCCCGCGCCCGGCGGCGGCGAGGAUGCGCCGGAGCUGCGGCGGCUGCGGGAGCGUCUGCGCGGCUGGCUGUCGCAGUUUGAGCCCGCGGUGCUCUGCGCGCAGCGGCUGCUGGUGUGGGAGAGGCCGCUUCACAGCAUCAUCGCCGCGCUGGCGCUCAACACGCUGUUCUGGUUCCUGUCCUCCACAUCUUUGAGACCCUUGUUCCUCCUGAGUGUGUCUCUCAUUGGACUGACGUUACUGGAGAGAUGGAAAGACAGGCUGCCACAGAUCACUGGUAUGUGGCAUCCUGAGGCGUCAGUCUUUGAGCGAGAAGCGCUGACUGAUCAGCCACGUCUGUUAAGCGUCGAGGAGCUCAGCCAUCAUCUCGCCGAGAGUUACCUCAUCUUCAGCCUUUACAUCCAAGAAAUGCUUCAGUACAAACAGCAAAACCACGGCAAGUUCUGCAUCAUGAUGUGUUCAGGAUGUUUCAUCCUGGCCGUGGUUGGACAUUACAUUCCCGGGAUAAUGAUCUCCUACAUCAUAUUGCUGAGUGUGCUGCUGUGGCCGCUGGUGGUCUACCAUGAGCUGAUCCAGAAAAUGUACACCGGACUGGAGCCCAUACUGAUGAAACUUGACUACAGCAUGAAAGGAGACACACAGCACCGCAAACACGACAAGAGAAAGCUGAAGAAGGAGCAGGAAGAGGGUGAUGAGCCGAGGGCAGAGACAGAGAGCGAGAGUGAGGAGGAGCUGUCAUGUUUCGCCCCUACUGUGGAUGUGAAGACUACGGCUCUGGCGAUGGCCAUCACAGACUCUGAGCUGUCCGACGAGGAGGCAUCUAUACUGGAGAGUGGAGGAUUCUCUGUGUCCAGAGCCACCACACCACAGCUCACAGACGUCUCUGAAGCAGACCUGGAUCAGCACAGCAUGCACAGUGAACCGGAGGAGGCAUUCUCUAGAGACUUAGCAGAGUUCCCGUCGGUGGACGAGCUGCCUUCUAUUGAACCGGGUCUGUUCAAUUUCCCGCUGCGCAUUCUCGGGUCUGAGCAGACAGGAGCGUCCAGAUCUGAGCUCCAGGAGGAGCCGCUGUCUCCGGCCAGCCGCCUCAUCCAGCACUUAGCAUCUCCACUCCACUUUGUCAACUCGCACUUCAAUGGACACGGACAAGCGGCGGGGGUGGACCAAAGCAUUGUGGGUACUGAAAAAGAGGGAGGGGGAUCCGCCGCGGGCGUUUCGAGACCUGCUCGGUCCCUGGAAGCCCUUAGCGAGGAGAUAGUGAGCACGGCCAUCUCUACAGUAGUACAGAACACUCUCUCAGCCCUGUUGCGGUCUACCAAUGAGGGCUCAUCAAUGGCUUCCUUUCUUCACACCGAAACGCCUCCUUGCCCGAUGGAAUUGCCCCUCGAGUCGCCUUCCACCCAGGAAGCCAGCGCAGAAGAAGAGGACGCUGAUGUCACUGAAGCAAGCACCGAAGAGCAACCGGAUGUCACGCUCGUACCCGCCGAGGAAGAGGACUUUGAGCUUCUGGACCAAAGCGAACUGGAACAAAUGGAUGAGGGGUUGGGCCUUGGUGUUGUUGAUGGACAGGAAGUGGGCGGGGCUUCCACAGACACGCCCCCAAGCAGCCAGCAGCACCCAGACCAGCAGGAUUCCUAGCUUCAUGUCAUCUAAACUGUUUAUUUUAUUUAUAGUCCUUGUAGAUACCAUAUUACUGACAAACGAUUCAUGAAAAAAGGGAAUGUUGCGGUCAGCUAUGCCUUUUUGUUGUUUUCGGGAGUGAGAUCACUGUGAUUGUUGGUGGGCUUUUGUUUCCUGAGCAGGUGAAUGUCCAACUCAAAUCCUAAAAGUGACAGUAAUGAGUUUUUUUUUUUUUUUUUUUGACAGAUCCAAAUGGCCUUCAGCCUCAAAUCCAGCCACUCAGAUUUCAGAAGCAGUUUAAAAUAGACUUAGUUUUAAUCAUUUACUGUAUGUAUAUUUUGACAAAGACCACAUGUCUGCGACACAAGAGCCCUCUGGUUCAUCAAACCCAUGCUGACCGCUGUCAUGGGAAGAAGCCAUGUGGGCUGAGUUUUAUUUGCUUGUAGGGCUGGGAGGUUUUGUGUGGAAAGAGAGGAUGAGCAGGAUAUGACUGCAAAUCCUCAAUGAAAAGUUGGUUAUGUUAAAGAUUUCUUUUCAUAAUCAUAGCUUAACUAAUAUAUUCCUAAAAAGUGGAUGGUUUUAUUUAUGAAGACUAGUUUACUAUUAAAUGCGUCUCAAAUAAUAAAGCUGCAAGAUUUAUAUUCUGGGAGACAGAAGAAAGAAAAAAGUUUAGCGCGUUGCAAUUGCAAAUCAGAUCAUUUUUAGAGAUCAAUAUUGGACUGUGCCAUUUACUGAUUUUUGAGGAUGUAAUCUGUGAAGUACUUUUGUCGCACAAAGGUGAUUGUGAAUGCAGCGUAGCACACUUUAGCUAUCAGAAAAGUUCCCCAUUGUUAGUGCUUGAUGUUUCUCUCCUGUAUUCAUAUAUAAAAAAAACAAACAAAAAAAAACAAUAGAAGUUUAUCUCACAUUCAGGCUCAAUAUAUCAUAAUUGGUUGCACUUUUGAAGUAUUGUUUGUGUGCACAUUUGCAAGACUUCUUCUGGAUUUUCAUAGCCAUGCCAAAUAUACUGCUGUUCAAGAGUUUGGGGUCAGUAAGUGUUUUUUUUUUUUUUUUUUUUUUAUAGGAAUGAAUACUUUUAUGCAGAAAGAAUAAAAGUUAUUAAAAGUUUUCUCUUUUUAAAUAAAUGCUGUCCUUUUAAACUUUAUAGUCAAAGAAUUGUGACAAAAAUAUCACAAUUUCCACAAAAUAUGAAGCAGGACAAACUGUUUCAACAUUAAAAAUAAUAAUAAAUGCUCCUUGAGCAGCAAAUCAGCAAACAGGAAUGAUUUCUGAAGACAAUACAUUACAUUUGAAAAUACAUUAAAAUAAAAAAACAUUAAAUAAUUUGAUCUAAUUUUUUUUAUGUUAAAAAAACAUUCAGAAAUCUUACAGACUCCAAACUCUUGAACGAUAGUGUAAGUUUCAUUGUACAAAUCACAUCAAGAGCUCAAAAUUUCAGAUUGCCUGAAAUACAGUUUACAUGAUAAACUAUGAAGUGUAGGUAGAUUUUGUGCAUGGGCUUGACUGAAUUACUUUCCCUUUUUUAAUUGAAAUGGACAUAUAUAAGAGGGGAAUCCUAAGAGAAUGAUUGAGCCUUAUUUGUAUGUAUCUUUGUAAGAUGUUUGUAAUAAGAUGUUUCUAGAACUGACAACAUGAAACUCUUAACAGCAUAUUUGGGAUUAUUUUAAAAGAAUUUGAUUAUUCAUUUCUCUUCAUCUCAGUGUCAGAUCUCAGUGACGACUUCUGUGACACUGAAAGAAUACAAGAUUUUAUGAUCCAAUAUAUAUAUUUUUCAAUUAUUAAUCAUACUAAAGGGAAAUAUUGAAGAUUGAUUGGAGGCAGGUUGACAUUCCUUUAAAUUCUAAAGUUAUUCUUGCGCUCUGUCCUAACCAGUCAUAAUGUGAAAAAAAAAAAAAUCUAUUUUAAUUAGAAUUUUGUUUAGCCCCACCCACUGUAAAAUCUGAUUGGUCUAAAAUCCUGCGCCACAUAGUUGCAAAUAUGUUCUGCUGUUGCUGUGAUUGUAUUUUUAGUUUCAAUGUGGAAAAACAAACUGCUUGUCGCAUCUGUUGUUUGGUUAGAAGUAGGACUUGGUGUUUUUGCUUUGUGUUUGGCCCCUUCUCCUGUACAUACCCACAAACUGACACAUCUGAUCCAGACCGCAGAGAUUUGUGUUUUCAGAUAUUUACAGAGAGGUGAUCUUUGUGUUAUAGUGAUUGUGUUUUGCUCAUGCUGUUACUGCUUUAUGAUCUAUAAAAAAAAAAAAGCACUUAAAGCGUUUAACUCCAAAA